AUGUCUCCAGCAUUAGAUCAAUUGUCAGCAGACGGACAGGCUUCGUCUCCCCACCAACCUACCAACACUCUCGCAGCAAACAACGAUACGAGGCGCAAAGGACCUCCCCGACGCACCAGGGCACAGCUUGAGCGGAAACGGAUCCAGGACCGCGAGUCACAGCGCAAUGUGCGUGAACGCACCAAGAAGUAUAUUGCCAGCUUGGAGGAGAAGCUCGCCCGGUUAGAGUCCGACACGUGCGUGGCAGACCUCGUGAGGGAAAACGAGGAACUGCAACAGCGGGUUCGGAUGCUCGAGGCGAAAGUACAGAGUAUCAUAGACGUCGCGACCAGUCAGGACAACAACAGCAGCAAUAAAAACAACAAUGACGCCAUAGAUGGCCCAGCGAGGAAGAAACGGCGGCUGCCUUCCAACAAGCAGCCUCGCGAGAUACAGUCGGAAAAGGAGCAGACGGACGACGAUCCACCCCCGGAAUACUGCACAACAUCACGACCGAAUCCAAAUCAUGGUCUCCCCAGUCACGAGAAAGAUAUUACCCAAGAAAGCCACCGUACAGAUAGUGCCCACGACCUUGCCAACGACGAGCUUCAUCACCUCAAUCAAUCUAGUCAAGGCUGUGAAGUCCUCAUAGACCCGCCCAGCGUGAACAGCGGAGACACGAUAGAGAUCAUGGUCGACGCCAACAAUGACUUUGGCAAUUGUUUUCUCGACACGUCUACCGGGGAUUUCGAGGCAAGUCGGGACUUUGUCCCAGCCAUAUGA